GUGGUGGUGGGCAGCGGCGCAAGCGCGGUGCAAUUCGUGCCGAUCGUGGCUGAGCAAGCCCAAAGACUGGUUCUGCUGCAGCGCACCCCGAACUGGGUCAUCGGAAGGCAAGAAACACUCCUACCCGAAAGGUUUUAUUCUGAGUCCCUCAAGUGGACCUACCGAAACAUCCCGCUGGCCCGCGCAGCAUACCGCGCAAGCCUCUACUGGAAGCUGGAGGCCUCCAUGAUAUUGUACGGCGUCUUCGACAAAAGCGACGACUUCCGAAGCAAAGCAGUGCGAUACCACUUCCGUAGUUUCAUGGCGCAGCAGCUGAAAGAUAGAAAGGAGUUGAGGAAGAAAGUCAUCCCUUCCUACCCCGUGGGUUGCAAGCGAAUCUGCAAGUCAGACGACUACUUGCAGAGCCUCACCCGACCUAACGUGGAGGUGGUGGUGGCCGGGCUCUCGGAGGUGAAGGAGGACGGAGUUCUCGAUACCAACGGCGCGAAGCACCAAGCUGACAUUAUCCUGUUUGGCACAGGCUUUCAGGUUGGGUCUAUCGGGAAGGACGUGGAGAUCGUAGGCACCGAUGGGUUCGCGUGGAGCGGCAACUCGCCUUGGCGCACCCGUGUCGAGGCCUACUUGGGUACCAGUAUGCGGGAGUUCCCAAACUCCUUCACGAUUUUGGGCCCGAACUCAGGCCUGGGACAUAACUCCGUGCUGCUCAUGGCAGAGGCCCAGGCCGACUAUGCCGUGCGCGUGGUGAAGGAAGCCUUGGACCUGGGAGUGGACUCCUUUGCCGUAAAGCCCACUGUGCUCCAUGACUACAACCGCUGGAUGCAAUCGCAGUUCAAGGACAAG